UUGUCAUUGUCAGACAAAAUUGUGACAAGUUGGCUAAAUUUACAAACGAAAAGUAAUUUUCGUUUGUAAUUUGCUGUAUAAUUUAAAUACCGAGCAAUUAAAUUAAAUCAUGAAUAACGUUAAUACGGGUGAACUAUUGAAUUUCCAAGAUUAUUCUCCAGAGCACAAUGACCGUACUGCGCGAAUCGAAGUCGAAGCAGUUCACACAAAUCAAUACAAUAACAUGUCGACUCCAAAUUAUGGUUUUGAAGAGCCCAAAAAUGUUGAAGAACCACAAGCAGUGCCUCAAAAAAACCAUAACUUCUGGACAAUAGAAUAUUAUCAGAAGUACUUUGAUGUUCACACUAAUGAGGUGGUGGAGAGGAUCAUAUCAUCAGUGUUGCCACAAAAAGUCUCUCGUAACUACUUUGAUGAACGGAUCAAAGGGAAACCUGAUUUAUAUGGCCCUAUAUGGAUAUCUGUCACGUUGAUCUUCACGAUUGCAGUCAGUGGUAACAUAGCAAACUAUCUACAAAGUGCUAAUAAGGUGGUACACUGGAGGUAUGACUUCCAUCUUGUGUCAUAUGCAGCAACUGCUAUAUUCUGCUACGUAUGGCUUGUACCAUUGGCGUUGUGGGCUGCACUUAAAUGGACUACACUGCCUGACGGACAGGAUGAAAUUGAGACACAGCAAUCAACUUCACCAACAAUGAUGUCAUUAUUCUGUCUCUAUGGAUACUCUCUGUCAAUCUACAUUCCCGUAGCAAUCCUCUGGACUAUCCAGGUAUCCUGGCUGCAGUGGCUCUUUGUCCUCAUGGCUGCGUUCGUCUCCGGUGCAGUUCUCAUCUUCUGGCUGAUGCCAGCGUUGAGGAAGUCAAAGUAUUUCUUCAUACUUGUCGGUUCUAUUUUAGCGUUCCAUUUCCUUCUUGCCACCGGUUUUAUGUUGUAUUUCUUCCAUGUACCAGAUACAGAUGUACCGAUCAAAGUGUCCAAUACUACAGUUAAAGUUUAAGUUAAUUAUUCUUUAUAUAUUUUAUUUCAAUCCAAAGCAGAAAUGUUUUUAACACACAAACUGCACAUUUUUCACUUAAAGAUAAUACAACUCUAAUAUUUAAUAUAACAGUAGCUAUUAGUAAAUUUAUCCGACGUUCUUGCUGUGAAGGAAAACAUCGUGAUGCAACUUUUUUUUUCUUUGUACGAGGGGAAAUGCAGUUCCGCACCCCUGCGCCGGGCCAAUUGUGCAGUGGCGCAGGGAGUGUGGGACUCGCCUAAAGACGUUCGGCCAUACCCACUAAAACCCCUCAGGCCCUCCUUAUCGCAUUUAUCCUAGCCUGUACCAGCGUCUGCCAUAACCAGGCGUCGGAUAUGCGUCGUCGCUCACAAAAACCGUGCGACUCUCCUUAUUUGUUUAUAAAAUAUAACAACAUAAAACUUAGAAACCAAUAUAUCUAUAUACACAACAAAUAACAAUAAACAAUAAGAAUAGAUACUCAAUUAAAACCAGACUUAUUUAGAGCGAAAUAUACAUGGAAUAUAAAUAAACUUAAGAGUAUAAUUUUUAGACUAUUUGAUAUUAAAACUUAAACUCAAGCCAAAUUUAAGCUUAAGAGGAAGGUAUAAACAAAUAUAUAUAUAUUUGUUUAUACCUUCGUUUAUACGCUGCUAGGGCGACCGCGUUCAGGUGCCAUGGCAACAGGCCCGCGAUGACACACCCGGCAUCGUACGACACCGUACGGUAUGCCCUCGCGACCCUGAUUGCCACAGCACGCUGCGACCGCCGAAGAAUCGCCCUGUUCUGAGCGCAGAGAUCGUCGGCCCAAACCGGACAGCCGUAUAGGGCCUUCGACCUCAGCACGCCCGCGAAUAAGAGGCGGCGUUUCGUACUAGGGCCACCGAUGUUAGGUAGAAUGCGACUUAGUGCCGCAGCUGUGGCAUCUAGCCUCGGGGCUAAAUCCGCGAAGUGCGGUCGAAAACUCCACUUCGAGUCGAGGGUGAGACCUAAGUAUUUGAUGGUCGAACAGAUGGGAAUAGAAGCACCCCCGACUAUGAGUUCUAGCCCAGACUGGGGGUCUCCUGCUGUCGAAAAAGCAGAUCGCCUCCGAUUUCUCGAGGGCGACCCUCAGACCCAAACUACGAAUCUUUGCCGAGACUUGUGAGGCCCCGGCAGUGGCCCGCAGCUUUGCCUCCCUAAAAUCCGAUCCUGUGGCUACGACGAGCGUGUCAUCCGCGUAACAAAUAAGUUGAACUCCGCGGACGAGCGCUCCCCGCAGCACGGAGUUGUAGCCUGUGUUCCACAGGAGUGGGCCCAGAACCGACCCCUGUGGAACUCCACAA